GAAAUUAUAAAACAAUCAAAUCGAUUAUAUCAACGGAAGUUACUUCCAACUGUCAAAAUAAACUCGCGGCUUUUCGGUGCAGCCGCGAGGGAUGAAAAUGCUUUCCUGAGACAAAUAAAAAUAUCAUUCAUUAUUAAAGGAUGGAAAAUCAGGAAACCGACGAACUAAAAGUGUGCUCAGACAAGUCCCAGGACCAGCCUCAACAACAGCAGCAAUUAACAUGCUGGUUAUAUGUAUCCCGUACCUGUGACUUUGAUCAGCAGCAUCAACAACAGCAGCAGCAAUCGGAAAUAGGUCAGAAUUAUAGAUGUGAUGGACUACCUAGGGGGAUUCUCGAAGAGGCAAUUCGUGCCGUUGAACCAACUGGAUCCUGGCACGUGUCUGAAACUCAUUGUGGCCUAAUAGCUGGUUUCGCUCGAGAGUUUGAUGCUGACAAACUCUUGCAACGCGGGGAUCUCGCAAGGAUCUUCGAAGCAGCUGUUCAGGUAGCUCGAUUUUGUGAUCGAGACUCUCGUUAUCGUCAGGCGCUUUUAUUGCGUGAUGUACCAUGGGCCAUUCCUCUACAAGAUCUUAAUUCAGCAUUAACUAGACAAGGUAUUAUGGCUCGAAGUAUUGAACGCUUACGUCAAUACGUACGAAUUGAGGUAUUCGAUUCAAGUCAAUAUGAACAAUUACUUCGGCAAGGUUUGGAUUUUUUCGGCGCGGCUCGCUUUUGCGCCAUUCCUGAACGUUGGUGGCGUAACAGUGGAGUCCCAACAUCUCAAAACUUCGCAGGCGGCGGAUACACCACGAAUAAUAACCAACUCGCAGAACUUGGAGGUUCAGCCCAGCAACAAUCAUUGGUUGAUGAUGUGCUACAAUGUUAUCGCUGUCAAGGUUUUUGGCAUGUUGCAGCAAAUUGUCGACAUUUACCACGUUGUGUACGAUGCGGUGAACCUCACAGUGUUGAAUUUUGUGCGAGACCAAGAAAUAAUCCUAUUUGCUGUCAUUGCUCUGGUCCUCAUCAUGCCGGAUACCGUCAAUGUCCUGUAAGACUUCAACUCCUGAAUGCGACUCCAGUAAGUUUGACUCUCAGCAUUAAUCGUUUGAACUCCAACGCACCGACUAGCCAUUUAUUACUGCCUUAUGGAAAAUCAAAUAACAAUAGCAGUAAUCCAGCAAAUAGUGCUACAACUCUAUAAAUAAAUUUAUACCUCUUUUUACCCAUAAUUUUCAUUUUUUAUAAAUCAUGAUUUAUUUUACUGCAAAAAUAAGUGACGCAAUUAUUAGAAUCACUUC